AUGGCUUGGGAAAACUGGACUACGGUGACAGAGUUUGUUUUCAAGGGGUUCACAGAUUGCCUUGACUUCCAGGUUACCCUCUUUGUGCUUUUCCUGCUCAUCUAUGUCACCACUGUGAUAGGAAACCUUAGCAUCAUUGCUGCAGUCUGGCUUGAUUCCCAGCUUCAAACCCCCAUGUACUUCUUCCUCGGCCACUUGUCCUUCUUGGAUCUGUGCUACUCCUCUGUGGUGACACCCAAAAUGCUGCUGAGCCUCUUGUCUGAAAGGAAGACUAUUUCUUUUGCUGGCUGCUUCCUGCAGCUCUAUUUCUAUGCUGCUUUUGUAAUCACAGAGUGCUACCUCCUGGCUGGGAUGGCAUAUGACCGUUAUGUUGCCAUCUGCAACCCCUUGCGUUACUCCAUCCUCAUGUCCAAGAAGGUCUGUGUUUCCCUCUUAGCCGGGUCCUAUGCAGUUGGGCUUUCUAAUUCAGCCAUCUUCACAGGCUUUGCAUUGAGGUUGCCCUUCUGUGGCCCCAAUGUCAUUGACCACUUCUUCUGCGAUGGGCCACCACUCUCAAAGUUGGCUUGCUCUGAUACUUCCCUCAAUCAAAUGUUGCUAUUUGCUUUUGGGGGCUUCAAUAAGGUCACCACAAUAUCAGUCAUCCUCAUCUCCUAUGGCCACAUCCUCUUCACCGUCCUGAGGACAGGCUCUGUGCUGGGCAAAGCUUUUGGUACCUGUGCAUCGCACCUAAUGGUUGUUACCAUCUUCUAUGGGACCCUUAUCUUCAUGUACCUACGGCCCAGUUCCAGCUACAACCUGGGCAGGGACAAAAUAGUUUCUGUCUUUUACACCAUGGUGACCCCAAUGUUGAACCCCUUCAUCUACAGCUUGAGGAACAAGGAGGUAAAGAAUGCUCUGAAGAGAACAGUGGGGAGAAUGGUUAUUUCCCUGCCAAAGGGGUAA